AUUCAAGCAUUUUACACAACACCGACUGCUUCCAGUUCAGUGGGGUAACACGUGGGUCGUUAUUGGUUUUGUAGAAUAUCGCGCAGUCAUUAAAUAGAGUUGUUUAUGAUCAUAAGCAGCUACAAUAAUAUAAAAUAUCCGACAGCCUUCGUUGACGUCAAAACCUACUUAAUUCAACAUGGGACCGCCGAGAAGUAAAAAAAGGAAGCCGACCUUUCGGAAGUUGCUUAAAACAAGCAACGUGAAGCUUGAAAACAAACUGAAGAAUCGUCAAUUCAAGCAGCAGAGCAGCAGCAAGAAGUACCGUAAAGAGCAGAAGAGACUCCGGCAGGCGCUGAAGGAUGAGUCGCUUAGGACUCCUGCUCCUUUGGAGCGGUACAAGAAAAGGCCAGAGGAAGAGCCUGAGGAGGAGUUUGAGGAGUCACUACCGGUGGACAUGAUGGACGAAAAUGACUUGGAAGAGAUGACUGCCAUGGCCCAAAAGGCUUCAUUCCUGACCAGAGACAUAUCCUCCUGCGAGCCGGUGCACGCUAAGAAGCGAAAGUCGGGCAACGCCGUGGAGAUGUACGAGAAGAUGCCAAGGAGGAUGCCGGUGGAGGAGAAGAAGGAGGUCAUUCAUCUGCUGCCAAUCAAAGACAAGACUGGCAUUAUCCGGCAGACCAUGGAGAAGCCAGUGGUAGAGGAGGCAGAGGAGGAGGAAGAGGAAGAGGCUGAACUGCAGGAAGAGGAGAACGAAUCUGGAUAUGCGGAAGCCAUGGACAUGUCUGCACUGAGCCCCGAGGAACAGCUGCAGCUGCGCAGACAGAGGCUCCAAGACCGGAAGACGCGCGUCGCUGGCCUAGGCUCCGCCAUCCUGUCAGACCCUACCAGCAACAUCAAGAAGCUGAAAGAGCUACGGUCCAUGCUGAUGGAGGCCGACCCCUGCGUGGCCGUCACUGUCAGGAAGGUGGUCAUGAUCUCGCUGACGGAGAUCCUCAAGGACAUCGUCCCGUCUUACCGCAUCCGGCCUCUGACCGAGGAGGAGAAGGCAACCAAGGUAAAAAAGGAGACACAGCAGCUGCGGGAAUUCGAGGAGGGUCUGGUGAGCCAGUAUAAGUUCUACCUGGAGGACCUGGAGCAGACCGUGAAAGACUGGAAGCAGAAGAAGAAGAAGAAGAGCGAGACAGUGAGCCUGCAGGCCUACAAGGGCCUGGCCCUGGUAGCCAUCCGGUGUCUCUGCGAACUGAUGGUGGCCCUGCCCCACUUCAACUUCCACAACAACAUUCUGGUGCUGGUGGCGCCCCUCAUGAACGACGCCUGCCCCGAGGUGUCCGCCCUGUGCUGUGAGCACGUGAAGAGGCUCCUGAAGCAGGAUAGGAUGGGUCAGGCUUCGCUGGGAAUGGUGAAGGUGAUCUCGGGACUGGUCAAGAGCAGGAACUACGACGUGAACCCAGAGGUGCUGAAGUGUUUGCUCAGCCUCAGAAUAAAGGAGGUAGAGUUAAAGAAAGAUACAGAAGAUGUCGCUCCCAAGAAGAAGUUCAUGACCUACAAAGAGAAGAAGAAAAAUUUGUCGAGGAUGCAGCGGAAGUGGAAGAAGGCCGAGGAGAAGCUGGAGAAGGAGCUGCUGGAAGCAGAGGCGUCAGAAAGCAAGGACAAAAAGAUCAAGCUGCACACAGAGACCUUGAACAUUGUGUUCCUGAUCUACUUCAGAAUACUGAAGAAGGCCCAGAAGUCUGUGCUGCUGCCCAUUGUAUUGGAAGGAUUAGCCAAGUUCGCUCACCUCAUAAAUCUGGAGUUCUUCGAUGAUUUGUUGACAGUGCUGCAUAAUCUCAUCGAGUCCAAGGACCUGACCUACCGAGAGUGUCUCCACUGCAUCCAGACAUCCUUCACCAUCCUGUCUGGUCAAGGUGAUGUCCUCAACAUUGACCCUUUGAAGUUCUACACACAACUGUACAAAAUGUUGCUCCACCUCCAUGCAGGGGCCACGAACGACGAUGUCGGCAUCGUGCUGCACUGCCUAGAAUCCAUGCUGGCCAAGCGCAGGAAGCAGGUCACCCUCCAGAGGGCGCUAGCCUUCCUGAAGAGGCUGAGCACGCUCAGCCUGCACGUGCUGCCCAAUUCCACCGUGGGCCUCUUGGCGUCCGGCAGGACUCUGAUGCAUACCUUUCCCAAGUGUGACCUCCUGCUAGACAACGAGUCCCAGGGCAGCGGCGUCUACUUGCCCGAGCUGGAGGAGCCUGAGUUCUGUAACCCCCACAACACGGCGCUGUGGGAGCUGCACAUGCUGACGAGGCAUUACCACCCCAUGGUGAGGAAAUUUGCCACUCACCUCGUAGUGGGUGCACCCAGCGAAGGCUCCCGGGCCCUGAGCUCCGAGCUGAGCAGGAGGUCGCCAGUGGAUCUGUUUGAGGAAUACAGCCCCAAAGACAUGACCUUUAACCCCCCAGUGCCCGCAAGUUCCUCUAAGAAGAAGGAGCACUUUCACGCCGGAGACGCGCUUCUGGACGCUCAGUUACAGAGACAGGCGGUCGACGCGCUAGCGGAUGCGGCAGCUUCGUCGGGCUUGGAUUUCGCCACACAUUUUGGGAAUGUUUCAUGCUAGGAGGUUGUUUUUCAGAGCAUCUGCACAACAUGGACUUCAAGGCUGUGUCAGCUGGUACCAACCAGACAGGGUCAACUGUAUGUAUAUAUCAUGUGUUUCUGAAGAUGAACAUUUUUAUUCAAAA